UCAAAUUCUUCGAAACGGGAAAGUGAAUCCCGCUAAAAAACCUCUACGUUUGCAGAUCUAAGCUUGUUGGUGCGUGUGUGGAUCGCGAAAGCAUUUACCGAAAGGUAUUCAUUCCAUCAAAGAUGGAAGCUCUUUACUCGAAGCUGUACGACAAAUACACCAAACUGAAGAAGGAAAAAGAAUACCAGUUUGACGAGCUGAAUUAUGAGCAGGAAGUGAAAUUCUUGAAGUAUGAAGCUGCUGCAGAUGAAAUGAUCCAUUACUUGAAAAGUGAGAAUGAAAAGCUCCAUGAACAACAUAUUCACUUCCAAAAGUUGUUAGCGGAAGAGAACCAAAAGAAUAAGGAACUCAGUGAAGAAAUUUCAAGGCUCCAAGACAAAAAAUGUUCAAGCUAUACUAUGCCCAAGGAAACUGGACAGGAAAAUUUACACAAUACCCCUGGGGAACAAUCGCAAGGAACAUCUCCUGCAAAAUCAUCAAAAAAACGUAAAUAUGUCCAUAUUAGUGAGCAUGCAGCUGCUCCAUAUGUUGAUGUUGAAGUCGACCAUCCAUCAGGUCAACUUGUUCCUAGGGACAAAAGCAGCGGUGCCCCAAGCAUCCAGCAGCCUGCCUGCUGUCUAAGAACGACCAACAGUUCAGGUGGUGAUGCUGCAGAUACAAGCUCAUUCAACUGCAUGUUUCAAUAUCUUGUAGAGUAUGUAGUUGGCCUCAAAGUUUCCCCUGUCGCUAAAAGCAACGAAGUGUCCAUUUUGGCGCGUCACCAAUCAAGUGGCUACUCGUUCAGCUUGACAUGGAUAACAAAGGCAGAUGGAGAAGUUGAGCUGCUAUACCGCGUUUUGUCCCUGGGGACUUUCGAGAGGGUUGCCCCAGAAUGGAUGAAGGAAACGCUCAUGUUCAGCUCCAGCAUGUGCAGUCUCUUUUUUCAGAGGGUUUCUCGUGUUAUCAAUACUUAACACUUCUACCUCUUCUACCUUACUUCUUGUUCAAAUUGCUGUAACUUAUAUAGAUCAAGAUCAACAAUGUAUUCAUUUCAAUGCUUUGGAGGAGUGAAUCGCAAGAGAAUGCAACUUUAAUGAAACAUCAACUCUCCAAAAUCUCAUUUCUUCAU